AUGUCCACGGGCGCGGGCGGAGGCGUGCGAGGACGGCGCCGGCGGACGUGGCGCUUGUACUGGUGCUACGUGUGCGGCCGCGCGGUGCGCGCCGUCUCGUACCCGACCUCGGACGUCUUCUGCCCGCGCUGCUUCGGCCGCUUCCUGCACGAGAUCGACCUGCCCGCGCCGCGGCCUGUGGUCCCGCCGGCCGACCAGUUCUUCCAGCCGCCGUUCCUCCCGCACGACGGGCCCCGCCGCAGGGUCAUAUACACCGGCGACGCCAGGGACCCCACGGCCGACGCGGACACGCAGCUCCCUCGCCGCCCCCGGCGCGUCCCGUCCCCGCCGCCAGCGCUGGCGACACGGCGCCCGGACGAGGACUACGGCGUCGACGCGCCACCGCCACCUCCCGUCGUCGGCUGGGACGAGUUCUUCAUCGGGCCUAACCUGAACGCGCUCAUCGAGCGACUCACGCAGGACGACCGCCCCGGGCUGCCGCCAGCGCCAGAGUCAGCCAUCGACUCGCUCCCCACGGCCGACGCGGACACGCCGCUCCCUCGCCGCCCCCGGCGUGUCCCGUCCCCGCCGCCAGCGCUGGCGACACGGCGCCCGGACGAGGACUACGGCGUCGACGCGCCACCGCCACCUCCCGUCGUCGGCUGGGACGAGUUCUUCAUCGGGGCUAACCUGAACGCGCUCAUCGAGCGACUCACGCAGGACGACCGCCCCGGGCCGCCGCCGGCGCCAGAGUCAGCCAUCGACUCGCUCCCCACGGUGCAGGUCUCCCCAGCGCACCUGUUGGACGGCUCGCAGUGCCCCGUGUGCAAGGAGGAGUUCGAGCUCGGGGAGGCCGCGCGGGAGCUGCCGUGCAAGCACGCGUACCACACCGACUGCAUCGUGCCGUGGCUCCGGCUCCACAAUUCGUGCCCGGUCUGCCGACAGGAGCUGCCGCAGCAGCCGGCGGAUGGGGCACAGGAUGGCGGCGGCCGCGAAGAAGGAAGUGGCGAGACGGAGGCGCCGGCGCCGGGGCCCGUGGAUCACAAUGCUGAUGCUGAAUUCUUAAACAAGCCUCUUGCACACUUUUCUGAGAUGCAAACAAUCUUUGGAAACAGCAUGGCUACAGGAAGGUUCGCCGAGGAUUCGAAUUCUGCAUUAGGUACAGAAGAUGCUAAUAAUGAAAAUGAAGACAUGGCUGCAAAUGUCGGGGGUGAGAUGAAUGGACAAGGUGGGAGUGAGAUGAAUGCAAAUGGUGAGAGUGAUGCCACUACAUUGCCUACUAAUCAUGGGGCUACUUCAUCGGGCAGCAAGACAAAGAAAGCAAAAGUUAGUGUAGAUGAAGAAGAGGGACUGAUUGCUGCGAUCAAUCGUGUUGGUGACAGACUUGUAGUUGCAGAAGCUAUAGAAAAGGCCACUGCUCCACCCCCGCCAGCCCCCAGCAAUGAAUUACCAGAAGAUCUAUUUGAUAUGUUGGUUGGCCUUCCAGGUUUUGAGGCCACACACAUAUCUGUGUACUUCCAACAUCUGGUGGCCAACCCAGGCAUUGGAAGGCAUUCUACAAGCUUCCAUUUGAUCAUAAGUUAA